UAUGUCAGUUGCAGGGGAAACAAAGCAAAGGAACUAGCUGAUGCUUCUAUAUAUAGGUCUCUUGAGCAUUUAUUUGAGGCAGAGGAGGAGGAUUUCUGAAGAGCACAGUAGCCUGAACGGCGGCCUUUCAGAACAGCUGAGAAGUGCACGGCAAUCAUGAGUGAGACCACAAAGAACUCCUUGGAGAGCAGCCUACGGCAACUAAAAUGCCAUUUCACCUGGAACUUGUUAGAGGGAGAAAAUUCCUUGGAUGAUUUUGAAGACAGAGUGUGUAACCAGAUUGAGUUCCAGAACAAUGAAUUCAAAGCUACAAUGUACAACAUAUUGGCCUACAUAAAACACCACAGAGGCCAAAAUGAGGCAGCCCUGGAAAGCUUACAACAGGCUGAAGAGUUAAUCCAGCAAGAGCAUGCUGACCAAGCAGAAAUCAGAAGUCUGGUCACCUGGGGAAACUAUGCCUGGGUCUACUAUCACAUGGGCAGACUCGCAGAAGCUCAAAUUUAUGUAGACAAGGUAAAACAAGUGUGCGAGAAGUUUUCCAGCCACUAUAGAAUUGAGAGACCUGAAAUAGAUUGUGAGGAAGGGUGGUCACGGUUCAAGUGUGGAGGAAACCAAAAUGAAAGGGCAAAGGUGUGUUUUCAGAAGGCUCUGGAAAAGAACCCAAAGAAUCCAGAAGUCAUCUGUGGACUGGCAAUUGCGAGCUACCGUCUAGAUAACCGGCCACCGCCUCAGAAUCCCAUUGACCCUCUGAGGCAAGCCAUUCGGCUGAAUCCUGACAACCAAUAUGUUAAAGUCCUCCUGGCUCUGAAACUUCACAAGAUGAGUGAAGAAGGUGAAGGAGAGAGGUUAGUGGAAGAAGCUUUGGAGAAAGCCCCGCAUGCAACAGAUGUGCUUCGCAGUGCAGCAAAGCUCUAUCGAAGCAAAGGUGCCCUGGACAAAGCUAUAGAACUGCUUAGAAAGGCUCUAGAACGCAUGCCAAACAAUGCCCACCUGCAUUACCAUAUUGGGUGCUGCUAUAGGGCAAAAGUCCUCCAAAUACAGAAGGUAGGAGAGAAUGAAACGUAUAGGAAAAGAGAGAAGGUACAGGAACUAAUAGGACAAGCUGUGGCUCAUUUAAAGAGAGCUGAUGAGAUCAAUGGAAAUCUCCCCGAUGCCUGCUCCUACCUUGCCUGCUUCUAUGCACAAGCAGGUCAGUAUGAGGAAGCAGAGUAUUACUUCCAAAAAGAAUUCAGCAAAGAGCUGACUCCUGUAGCCAAACAAGUGCUCCAUCUGCGAUAUGGCAACUUUCAGCGGUACCAAAUGAAGUGUGAAGACAAGGCCAUCCUCCAUUUUAUAGAGGGUGUGAAAAUAAACCAGGAGUCCAAGGAGAAAGAAAAGAUGAAAGACAAGCUGAAAAAAAUUGCCCAGGGUAGACUUUCUAGAAAUGGAGCAGAUUCUGAGGCUUUGUCUCUCUUGGCGUUUCUUCAGGAGGUGAACGGAGAAUCGGGGCAAGCAGGUGAAAAUUCUGAGGGGGCUUUGGACUCUGGAGGCCUCUUCCCUUCAGCAUCUUUAGCUGAGGAAUGAGGAACUGGGACAUGGUGCCCUCAGGGCUACUGCUGGAAGGGAGCUGAAACCCCGCCAGCAAGUUGGUAUUCAAAAUAUUAACAACUGGGGUGGCAUAGGCAUGGACUAAGACACUGGCCACCGGACUGGAUCAGGGAUAUGGAGAACAUUACCAGGCCAAGUGUUAGCACUUGAAUUGCUCAGGGCGUUCUGGGAGAGGCACUAGAUUGGGACAGGUCCUGGGGCUUGGUAAGGGGGCUAUUUCCCAGUGGACUUCUUGGGACCAGUUUGCACGGGGACAUUUGCUUAGUCACCCCCCACGCGUGGGGUUUGUUUCUAUGUUGAUAGAAAGCAGCCAGAUUGCUCACAUCGGUAACACUGUGGUCCAUUUUUGCAAUGUUUUUCCAUCCUUAGAGUCAUUUUAGAUCCUCCACAGUUCGGCCCUGCAUAGACACAAAUGUCCUGUGUCCAUCCAAAGGCUAGGGGACCAAAGCUUAGAUGGGACUGGGUGUCCCCUCUCUCUGACAUCUGCCUUCUUCCCCCUCCUCCUCCUCACACAAUCCUCAAUCUAGACUCCCCUACACAACAUGGGUUCAAUUGUCUCAUUAACUGAGGUGGGAACAUAGUUUGAAAAUAAGAGCAGAGAACAGGUCAAAUCUGGAAGGAACACAGUUAGGAGAAGCAAUGAGGUCCAGCCAAUCACAGUACCAUUUUUCAGGAGCCACACGGGGAAAUUUCACCUCUUCUCUGCCCUCCCUAGAAUCAUAAUACAGCAGGUGAAGAACAAAGAAAAGGAUUCAAAUCUUCCGGGAAACUACAAAAUUCAUGAUAGGCUUGAGGCAAAUGGGAUUUUCUAGGUAAAUACUGCAUAGCCUGCAACAUCAAGGUCGGUGUGAACCCAAACAGAGUCAGCUGACCCAGCAUGAUAUCAGCAGCCACCCUCUGGGUUGCAAAAUGUUUGCCUCUUAGAAUUAGCUUAGAUUUAAAUGGUAGUUACCAGGGCCUGAGGGGUGGGGGAAUGGGAGAGAUGUUUAAGGGUACAAACUUGCAACUAGGAGAUAAAUAAGACCUGGAGAUCUAAUGCACAGUACAGUGAUUACAGCCACACUGUUGUAUUAUAAUCAUGAAACUUCCUAAGCGAUGAGAUCUUAAUUAUUCCCACCACAAAAAAGAGAAGAGAAAUAUACGGCAUAAUAGAGGACCUAACUAUCGCUACAAUGACAAUCAUAUUAUAAUACAUAAACGCAUCAAAUCAACAUGUUGUAACCUUAAAAUUACACAAUGUUAUAUGUCAAGUAUAUUUCAAUAAAUUUAAGUAGAUAUUAACAUUUUAUUAAGCAAUUAAAACAUUAUACUAUAAAAUUCAAGGUGUUUGUAAAUUAAAAAU